UUAGGACCUGCUGGGCCACAAGAAGAAAAUCCUGAGGAGACAGUAGAUUGCUGGAUAAAUCACACCAAUUUCCCGAUGGAUUUUAUACUGUUGAUCUUCUUAUUUGGGGUUUUCCUCUCAGACAUUAUCAGUCUACAGCCCAUUGUGGAACAGGACCCUGGUGGUAUGCUUUCGGAUGAAGAACAGUAUUAUGCAGAUGAAGAAAAUAAUACAGAUAGGGAUUUUAUGAUUUUACAUAAAUCAGAAGACAAUGAAAUUGAUACUCCUACCAAUGAGAAAACAGGCAAUUACUAUAAAGACAUAAAACAAUAUGUGUUCACCACACCAAAUGUACCUGGUACGAAUUCUGAAAUAUCUGUGACUGCCACAACUGGCGUGAAAUUUGCUGUGAAGACCAGUAAAGCCAGCAAACCAACUGCCAGUGAAGAAGAAGAAAUACCUAGUGAACCCUCUCAUAAAACCUCAACCCUCAAUGUGCCUGCGUUUUGGACAAUGUUAGCUAAAGCUAUAAAUGAAACAACAGUGAGCAUGGACGAUAAAGAUCUAUUUUUUCAACCAAUUCCAGCCUCUGAUUUGAAUAAGACCAGUGAAGACCAACUAUCAGAGCUAGAGGAAAUCAAGCUCAAACUAAUGCUGGGAAUCUCACUGAUGACACUCAUUCUCUUAAUUCCCCUCUUGAUAUUCUGUUUUGUCACACUGUACAAACUGAGACACCUACGUGACAAGAGUUAUGAGAGUCAGUAUUCAGUCAACCCAGAGCUGGCAACUCUGUCUUACUUCCACCCGUCAGAAGACUCCAAUCAAACUGUCUUAACCGAUGAGUCAAACUUCCUCCCUCCUGAGGAGACGAGUUUCCUCCCUCCUGAGGAGCUGGGUAAGGAGCUCAUCAUGGAGCCUGUCCCUGUUGAGGCAAUGAGUGAGGUUGGUGAUGAAGUCCAAGGAACAACUAUUAUUGUUGCGGAAAAUCAAUGA